GCUGCAUCCAAGCUUAGCCAGCGGCCACCUCCCCAGAGUCAGAACCCAUGCUGUUGUCCCAGGUACACCCUGAGGAUUUGGAUGCAGAGGCAAGUAAGCCAGGUGUUUGUUUGUACCAUCGGGGGCCGUCAGAGUGAUGAAGCGACUCGUAAACUACCAAGUAAUAGGUGUGAGGGGUGCGGUGAGAGUCGUGCAUGACGGGCCGGGAUCUAUCAGUGCCAGUCGAGAAGAGAGGGAGGGACCCUGUUUCGCCGACCUGGAUGGGAGGGGGAGGGGCAUGGCGGUGAUGGAGGGUGUGAGGGCCGUUUUGUAUAUCCGGCCCAGAGCGCGUUUUAAGCUUCUGUUGUUGCUUCCCGUACGUACCGUACCGUACCUGUACCCUUCGGCGGUGCGCGAGCGCGGUCGAAUUUUGCCAAAAGGUAACCAUUGUUUCCCUCUUAUGUUUCUCAUCCUCCAUUUGUUUUCUUCCUCCUCCAUUCUCAUCCAUCUUUACAUUCCCGCCUUCUCACUCUUAUCUUUCCCGAACUCAUUGUCUUCUUGUUGGUUCCCCCCCUCAACUCCCAAUAUCUUCCCCGACCCUGCUCGUGUGACCUGCCACCAAUAACCCAACAGGCCAUGAUAUCUUGAGCUUCGGUGUGCCAUGUGCUCCGCCCCAACCCCUGGCACCCGUUUUCUUAGCAGAUCCUACUCUACAGAACCCCUGUCUACCCCUCCGCUUCUGCCUCCUCCCCCUCCAAAAGAUAGAAAGAGCGGGCAUUCGAGACAACAUC